GACACGGCGCGGUCAGCUCGGUCUGGGGAUGGUGAUGGGUGCCACCGCUCCAGGUGGCACAGGGACAUGCUGCUGCCACCGCUCCAGGUGGCACAGGGACAUGCUGCUGCCACUCUCCAGGUGGCACAGGGACAUGCUGCUGCCACUGCUCCAGGUGGCACAGGGACAUGCUGCUGCCCAGUGCCCCGAGCGCUGCGGGAGCCCCAGGGGAUGCAUCCCCCGAGGGCUCAGGGUCCAGCGGAGGGCACUCGCCCAGUGGCUGCAGCAUCGCUGCACGGAGCUCUCCGCGGACUCACAGACACCACCCAGUGACCACGGACCACGGCCCGGGACAUACGGACACCACUCAGUGACCACGAACCACCAGGACAUACGGACACCACUCAGUGCCCAUGGGGCAUGGACAAUGCCCAGGAUCCAUGGAUCACUGCCCAGUGCCCAUGGUGCAUCCAUCACCCCAGAGCCACGGAGCACUGCCCGGGACACACGGAUCUCUGCCGGGCAGGCACGGACCAUCACUCAGGAUCCAUCCAGCACUGCCCGGCAUCCACGGACUGCCGUCCGGGACGCACGGACCAUGACCCAUGGACGAUCGCCCGGCGGCCCUAACCUCUCCGGCCGCCCUGACCCCUCCGGCCGCAGUGACCGGUCCGGCACAGUGACCACCGCCCGGCCGCAGUGACCGGUCCGGCACAGUGACCACCGCCCGGCACAGUGACCACCGCCCGGACACACUGACCACCGCCCGGCCGCAGUGACCACCGCCCGGCACAGUGACCACCGCCCGGCACAGUGACCACCGCCCGGCACAGUGACCACCGCCCGGCACACUGACCACCG